UUUCCGGUCCUCAAAGACAGUUCGGAGUCGGACGCCCGUCGGAGUAACGCUGCUGAUUUUUAAUUCCUCUUCUUAUCUCACCUCACCUGGCCUUACCGUCUCCUUCCCAACCCGUGAAAAAACUCCAGAGGCUGAUCUGAAGAUGAGGUCCGCUGUGCUGUUCGGGCUGCUGAUCGCCACAGGUCUUGUGGCCGCUGUGCCCCGCGUGAAGAGACAAUCUGCAGUUCCUGCACCGCCCGCCAGGCCUACAGCGCCCCCUAUCGACGAUUCACUGAAGACUGGCAUUUCGGACGCCUUUGGAGAUGCUUCUGCUUUGACGCACUCCUCAGCUGCUAAGUUCAUCAACAACCAGCCGAACGAUUCCUCGAUUAUCCAAGCUCUGAAGGGAGAGAUCGACAUAACCCAGAUCACAGGGCAGGAUUUCGCAAAGAUGCCCGGUGUGCUACUGACCAAACUCGUGGACGAGCAGUUUGAACAGAUUACGGCUGAGCAGAUUGACGCCUGGCUGCGGAACCCCAAGAACGGGUAUGACUUCCAGCAGCUGGACCAGCUGUCCACGCGCGUGUCCGAGGAGAAGUUCGGCCAGGUGCUGACCAGGAUGAAGAACGCGGCAGAGGCCGGCGGGGCUGACGCGCGGCCCAACACCCCGCUCAGCGCGGGCGUGCAGGACUUCCUGGUGCGGAAGUUCGUGGAGUCGAACGUGAACGACACGUGCGCGGAGAUGGCGGGAAAGCUGCAGGCCGUGUCCUUCAUGCCGCAGGGCCUGACUGUGGAGAACCUGGACAGGCUCCGGGAGAACAGCCAGCAGAACUGCCCGCAGGUUGCCAACGCUGUCUUGACGAUCAACAAGCGGGGCGGCCGCUACUGUAAGAUGUCCGCCGGCGCCCGUGAGGAGGCGUGCGACUUCGCGCGCUCGGCGGCCGGGGACGACUGGGGCACCGUGGAGAACCUGGGCAGGCUCCCGCCCUUCGUGGACUGUCUCACGGCCCAGGAUCUGGAGAGCGCGGACACCGACACGCUGAUUGACCUGUACGAUGACGGAUUCUUCCUGAACGUGGACUCGCUACCCGAGGGCGGAAGUGACAUCAUCAGGCGGAAGCUUGACGCGUCCGACCGGAUGCCGAAAGGAGCUGACCUCAUCACCUUCUUCAACAACGUCACCAUGGUGGAGAAGCUGGGCCCGGUAGCCGCGACCAUCGGAGACAUGAUCGGCGACCUGAGCCAGCUGGAGCUGCCCGCCAUGCGGAAGAUGAAGGAGACGAUCUCCGGCAGCCGCGUAUGUAUGGCGGGGGAGACGGAGGCGAGCUUGAAGGGCCGUUCUAAGGAGGAGAAAGAGCUGGACCGGACGCUGCUCCAGGCUGAGAUGUCGGACCCGGCCGCAGUCACCGCCGAAACCCUGAACAGUCUGGUCGGGUCCCUGGCGGAGAUGGCGCCGUCGGAAAUCGAGAACCUGAACCCAGCCGCCGUGGUUGGCGCCAUCAGCACGCUGGCUGAUGAAGACUUCUCUUUUGGGGAGGCGAGGGCUCUGAUCGAGAAGUAUAAGUCUGGGGCAAGCGUCUCCGGAGCCUUGUCUGCAGCCCAGGUGGCCUCCCUGGGGAAACUUGCCGCCAACCUGCCCGUGGAUGAGCUGGACCAGAUGUCAGAUGCCGACAUCCGGAGCUCCAUCUCCACCUUCGCCAGCGCCAAGGCCGAGAUGAGCCCUGCACAGGCCAAGAAGAUUGCCAAGAAGGCCCGCAACGGAAACCUCUUGGAUCAGCUCGACAACGGAGAAAUCUCUGACUUCUUCGACGCCCUUCCUCUCAAUGAGAUAGAAAGCAUCGCAGAUGACAUUGCCGCCGACGUAGCCAACGGGAACUACAGUAAAUACAGCAGUCUGCCGAUGACUGAUGCACAGGAUAAAAUCGGAUCCUUACUGCCUUCUUUCCUACCCGACAGCGAGCUGGGGAACGCGAUUGCCGGGGCUGGAGAUGACGUGUUGGAUCUCAUCUCCAAUGACAACUUCGCGGAGGUCAUCGGCGCCAUGACAGAGCAGGCCGACUUCGGCUCCAAAAUGAACCGGAAGAUGGCAGAGCGGAUGGAAACCGAGAUCAUCACCUCCUUCGACUCGAUGACGCAGACCGUUCUGGACACCAUCCCCGCUGACGUCAUCCCGGACAUGUCGACGGCGAAUCUCGAUGCCGUGCCGUCCGGCCUGUGCGAGGCCGUGGCCCAGAAGGUGGCAGGUUCGGACCGCCUGUUCGAGACGCAGGAGAUCCGCCAGCAGAAGCACGCCACCAACGCGCUCAAGUGUCUGGGCAAGGAGACCAGCGGGGAUCUGGGCGAGUCUGACGUCACUUCUCUAGGUAACCUGAUCUGUGGCGCUGAGGACGCGGUUCUGGGCAGGGUGGACGCUUCAGGCGCCAGGACUGCUCUGGAGAACCUGCAGAACUGCCCGACUAAGUGCCUCUCGGAAGACAGGAAGACUAAGAUUCGGGAAGUCUUUGGGAAGAUGACAGCUGACGCCGAGCCCGCUCAGAUUGACGUGGACUCCAUCGCUGCCAUCGGCCUGAACGCGUAUGUCCUGCCGGACGCAACCAUCGAGGGAAUCCCCAACACCGUCGUUGCGGAGGUUCUCUCCAUGGUGGAUAGUAUUGACGUGGUGAAAGAGGAGGUACUGGAACAGAUGGACAGCAGUUGUGGAAUUGACAGAACUGCGAUGUUUAACAAGAUAGUGGAGGCCACCACAGGAUCGUCCAGCGCCAGACGCAAGAGGUCAACUACAGUGUACACCUGUACGCAGGUGCAGGACCUCGGGAACGCCGCCGUGAGCCUGACGGAAGCCGAGCUGGGCGCCAUGACGGCUGCGGAGUUCACGAACUGCCUGGAGACUCUGGGCGGGCUGACCGGCUGGAGCACCGGCCAGCUGGAGACCAUGAGGGACAAGGUCUUCUCCGACAUCGCGGCAGCCGGCUCCCUGACGACCGACCAGGUCUUCAAGCUGGGUAAGAUCGCCACGGCUUUCAGCACCAGCCACCUGUCGGCACUGGACCUGUCCGACAUCGACGCCGUCUACAACAUCGCCCGGCACAGCGGCUACAGCGCCGCGCAGACCGAAGCCGCCUUCACCAGGUACCUGGGCAGCAGCGCGGUGUCCGGCAUCACGAGCGAGCACCUGGUGGGCCUGUCCAACUUCCUGGGCGGCAUGACGGCUGCUCAGAUCGGACAGAUCAGCAACGCCGCCUUCCUGGACUCUGUGGCAGACAUCGGGAACCUGACGGGCUUCAGCUCGGACCAGUUCACGGCUCUGAAGGACAAGGCGAUCUCCGCUAGCGGCGCCGUCAGCACCUGGUCCGCCGCUACUGUCCAAAACAUCGGCACUGUGGCAGCCGGUCUGAGCGAGGCUGAACUGACUGCCCUGACGGACGCCCAGGUUCCACAGCUGACUCCUGGCGCCAUAGGACUCAUCCCUACAAGCACCUUCGCCAACGGAUUUUCCGUGGCCCAGAUCAACCUGCUGAGCAUGGAGCAGGCGCAGGCCGUCACAAACGAUCAGUACUUCGCCCUCUCCACCGAGCAGAAGAACGCCGUCGACCUGGCCCAGUACGGCUCGGAUGACGUCUCCGACGCGCCCCCUCGCAGCGGCGUCAGUGGCGUCCACGCAUGCGUGAUGCUGGUGUUCUCCGCAGUUCUCAUCCGUCUGCUGUGAUGACGUCACUGCCACUCUGACGUCACGGCCGAUGACGUCAUUGGUGUAUGCUGCUUGCCGUGUGGAAAUUGUGCUUCUCUGUUUUUAACGUUUGACUGAAAACUGUCUGGAAUGUCUGUUAGUAGCAAUAAGUGUAAAUAGCGUCUUAUUACACAUCGACAGCUUACAUGGAAAAUAAUGUUUUUUCAUACCAAAUGUGAACUCCAUUCAAUUCAGCCAUUGGCUGCUAUGUGCCAAGUACUGUACAGAAACGUGAAAUUAAGUAAACUGUUAUUAUCAUAUUCAUAUAUAAAAGGAGGGCGAUGAUACCACAGGGAAUAGUUUUGUAUGGACAGGAUUUGAAAAAAGAGAUUAUGUUUCUUAAACUAAGAUGUCUUUUAAAGAUAAAGCUAUGAAGGAAGAAAGAUGAUACGAUACAACUUUCAUGUUCAUCUUUGAGGAGCUGCUUUCCGAAAUGUAGCAAAAUCCAACAUAUCAUAACGUAGGGAAAUAUUAUAUAUGUAUAUAUCAGUCUUAUUCAAACCUUUUAUACUAUGCAUGUGUAAAGGCGUCCCCUCAACUGACUUAUGACUUGUGCUAAGACGUAAUUUGAUAACAUUUGCUCACUUCUUUGACCAUCAGAAAGCAGUGUUAUAAACCGUCUACGCCGACGUACAUUAGCGACAGAGUUUUGUUAGGCGUGGUCGACAAUAAAAAUGAGGUCAGAAAUGAAUUUUGAGGGCGUUGUGAAGUACAGAUAUGUGGUUACCUUUCGUGUCUGUUUAUAUUAUAUCUCUAUUUUUCACAUUUAUUCUCUUCCGAUGAUACCGAUGACUACAGGCGCUGUUGCCUGGUUAUGACAUAGCUGUGUGCUAUAUUGAAUGCAUGUUUGAAUACCGAAAUAAACUGUGUUUUCUCCAAAA